AUGAUCACGCUUGAAGUUAUCACUCGAGGAAUCUCGAGGAAUCGAGAUUCUGCACAACAGCUGGCCAGAGCGUCCGUGUUCGCAGAAACGGUUCUUGGAGGAGUCAACGAAACGUGUGUCAAAACACAACAUAUGUUCUUCGAGCAAAACAGUGCUGAUGUUGCACAACAGUGCUAUCAAGAUAUUACAAGGCUUGAAAAGAAGUCAUCGACGUGGAAGGCAAACAUAGAAAAGAAGAUAAGUGAAAAUAACCUCCACAAAACAUUCAAAGAGCGGUAUUUGGCCGGUGAAGUACUUGAAUGUGAAAACCUGAAGGAGGCCGAAAAGUGGAAUUCUGGGCCGCGAUGUGGAACUCGAAAAUGGGGGACGAUGCACGAUGAAUAUCUAGAAGAAUUCGUUCCAGACUCUGAAGUGCACUAUACUUUCCCAUCUGAAGCCGAAUUUUGGAAGAUAGUUUCCUGUUUGCCCAACUGGAAAUUGGCGGACUCUGAUGGAAUCUACAACUUCAUUAAGUGCACCUCCUUAUAUCCAGAUCUGUAUAAAAUAACUAGGUGGAUCUGCUUGGAUGGAGAGGGACAGGACCCAUGGUUCUAUAAAGGAACGACGUAUCUGAUUCUAAAGAUGUCCCAAACAAAGCUAGAUAUUGCCACGAGAAAAUUACUUGGAGAUAACCAAUUAGGAACUGUUGGAAAGGUUCAAGGUGCGGAAGAGCAGGCAUUCUUCAACCUGGCCGUAUGCAGAGAGCAUGGAAAACAGUUAUUUACCACGUGA